CUCUGCUCAUUAAAAAGAGAGAAAUUCCCCAAAAUCCUACAGAGUACGCAACAGAUUCUUACAACUACUGCAUUGAGGCUUACAUUGAUUGUUUUCUAAGAAGGUGAAACCAAUGGCUAGGAAGAAAGUUGGUAGACUGGGCAAGUCUGACGAUGUGGCCUCCAAAAUGGACAAUCGUGGCAACCGCAAGAAAGGCAACAUUGCUGAGAAGGUUAAGGAUAGCAUAAACUCUGGUGGCAGUGAGAGGGUUCUAAGAUCACGAAGGGCAACAACUAAAGGGGGGGCAAAUGCGGAUGAAAAGUCCAAUGGGAGGAAACCAGUGGUAGAUGGAAACUCUACUGGAGGAGUGGCAAAUGCUGAUGAAAAGGCCAAAGGGAAGAGACCAAUGGUGGAGGGAAACUUAAACAGAGGAGGGGCAAAUGUUGCUGAAAAUGCCGAAGGGAAGAAACCAAUGGUAGGGGGAAACUUGACGAUUAAUGACGAGGUGGCUCAAAAGGGUGGUGGAAAUGAGAAGGGAAAGAGGGUUUCGGGUGACAGGGAUUGGAUUCUCAAACCGCAUAAUCCAAGACAAGGAGAUAAAAAGAUCAGUGAAAAGGCCAAGGGGAAGAGAAAGCUUUUGGUUGAGGAGGAAAAUGAUGAGGAACCAGUAAGUCCAGCAAAAUGGAGAAAACCCGACGAUGGAAUAGCAGAUCCAAACGCGUCUUCCGCUGAAAGAGGUGCAUACAAUAUGAGGGCAAGAAAGGCAAUUCCUUCCUUUCAGAGACUUGGGUUGAGUGAGACUGGUUUUGCCCUUGUUGUGGGAAAGAGAGUGAAGGUAUACAAGUCUGGCUCUAGGAAAUGGGUUACUGGGACAAUCAACUCCUAUAACGACAAGAAGAAGCUGCACAAUGUUUUGUAUGUUGAUGGUGAAUCAAAGGAAUUGGACCUCAAGUCUCAACGUUUUGAGGUUGAAGUUAUGCCUGGGGAAGCCUCCACAUUAUGUACCAAAGAGAAGCCUAAUGUGAACCCCAAAAGCCGGAAAACCAUGAAGACAGAUUCUGAUGUCAGAUCAGAUGACCAAAACGUGGAAAUGGAAAAAGGCUAUGAAGAAUCUUAUGAUCAAAAUAUGGUCAUUUCAGAGGUCGCAAAGGUUUCUCAGAAGAAAAUUGCUGCAAAACCACGGCAGAAACUGGUGACAAAUGCUGGCAAAAGGAAUGCAGGAGAUGGAGCUUCAGCUUCAAAAUCUAAACCUGCACAGAAAAUGAAGAAGGAUGAAGAACAGGUUAAUGUGAAGAAGACAAAGAAUCCUCCGAGGAGGGGGCGAUCAAAUUCCAACACUAAGAAGUGAAGUGCAUUUGUAUCAUCGUUGAGCUGUUUACAAAUAGGUGUUUUUUGUACGCUGGAGAAACAACUGAAAUGUGCAUAGGGCUCCUGUGAAUUUUUGUUCACUCUUUUUGGGACGUGCCACUCGGAAAUAUAGUUAGAUAUGCAAUAGCAGCUGACAAUUUUGUUGUUGUACGUACUCCUAUUGAAUUUUUUUGGCUGUAAUUGAUUUUGUGCAGUUCUGCACCUGUUUCCUGCAUUUAUCUUCAGCUCCAAAAGAGGCGAAUAUUUCGCUUUUUUGCAGCAAUUUAGAUAGACAAUGGAACAACCAUAGUACAUUGAGCAUGUCUAUGAUAGUCUUGAUGAAUUCUGUUGUUGCUGAGAAGACUCGGAAAAUGAGACGAUGAACCGAAAUUUCUACUAGCUAGUA